AUGACAGAACACAUCGAAAUAAGCAAAGAAACUAUCAACGCUCUAAGCGACGUCUUGAAACAACUAGCCGUCAUUGAACCUAGGUCAAGAGACGUUAACAACCAAAAUGACAAGGUUACCAAGAAGUCGACUAGUAAGCAAAGCCAAUUCUCGAACAAAGCGACGUUCAGAGAGUACUCGCAAGAGUACAUAGAUUUCACAUAUGAAAACCCUACCAUUUACCACGUCGUCAAGUAUUUUGCCAAGAAAUUGGAAGAGAAUGGCUUCGGUUAUCUCAGUGAAAAGAGUUCUUGGUCCAACGUUGAACCGGGCCAUUACUAUACGACCAGAAAUGGUACAAACCUCUGUGCCUUUGCGGUGGGACCCGAAUGGAAACCUGAGUUAGGUGUUGGUAUCAUUGGUGCCCAUAUUGACGCCUUAACUGCGAAGUUGAAACCUUCUUCUAAGAAACCUGAUGUGGAAGGAUUCGAAUUGUUAGGUGUAGCUCCAUACGGUGGUACUUUAAAUGAACUGUGGUUAGACAGAGACCUUGGGAUCGGUGGUCGUGUCCUAAUUAAGGACCCUGAUACUGGUAAGAUCAGUUCGCAUUUGUGCAACUCGGCUCCACACCCUAUCGCUAGGAUUCCAUCUUUGGCACCACAUUUCGGUGCACCAAGUGUUGGUCCAUUCGAUAAGGAGGACCAAACUGUGCCCGUGAUUGGCUACGUCGGUAAUGGAGACUACGAUGAUGAUGAUGAGGACCACGACGUCGAGGAUGAAAAGAAGAGCCCGUUGUACGGCAAACAUAGUAUCCAUUUAUUGAGAUACAUUGCCAAGUUACUAUCCGUUAAAGUGUCUGCCAUUACGCAAUUUGACUUGGACUUAUUCGAUGUGCAAAAGGGUACUUUCGGCGGUCUUAAAGACGAAUUCAUCUUUGUUCCUCGUAUUGACGACAGAAUCUGCUCGUUCAGUGCCAUCAAUGGGUUGAUAGAGCACAAGAAGACUGGCCAUAAAAAGGAUGGAUUUAACGUCGCAGUGCUUUAUGACGACGAAGAAGUUGGAUCGUUGACAAGACAAGGUGCUAAAGGUGGAUUGUUAGAAUCAGUGGUCGAAAGAAUCGUUGCUAGCAGGGGAAACGACGUCUCUGAGACGCGUACGGCAUUCGCCAACUCUAUCAUCAUCUCUGCAGACGUCACACACAUGUUAAACCCAAACUUCAACUCAGUAUAUUUAGAGAACCAUAAACCAAAGCCAAACGUUGGGAUCACCCUUGCAUUGGAUUCCAACGCUCAUAUGGCUACAGACGUUGUUGGGACCGCAUUGGUGGAAGAAUUGGGUAGAUUGAACGGGGACAAGAUCCAAUACUUCCAAAUCAAGAACAAUUCCAGAUCUGGAGGCACCAUUGGUCCUUCUUUAGCAUCCCAAACAGGUGCUAGAACCAUUGAUAUGGGUAUUGCUCAAUGGUCAAUGCAUAGCAUUAGAGCUACAACUGGUAGUAAAGAUAUCGGCUUGGCAGUUAAAUUCUUUAACGGAUUCUACAACGACUGGAACCAAGUCUACCAAUCCUUUGGUGAUUUGUGA